AUGGCAUCUGAGAAGUCGCUGGUGGCCGUGACCUGCACGGCGCCGGUCAACAUCGCGGUCAUCAAGUACUGGGGAAAGCGAGAUGAGGACCUGGUCCUGCCCAUCAACUCCUCUCUGAGUGUCACUUUGCACCAGGACCAGUUGAAAACCACCACCACAGCCGCCAUUAGCAAGGACUUCACCGAGGACCGGAUUUGGCUGAAUGGCCGGGAGGAGGACGUGGGGCAGCCCCGCCUCCAGGCCUGCCUAAGGGAGAUCCGCCGCCUGGCCCGGAAGCGGAGCAGCGCCGGGGAGGAGGACCCACUGCCCCUCAGCCUCAGCUACAAGGUUCACAUCGCGUCGGUGAACAACUUCCCCACGGCCGCGGGCCUGGCCUCCUCAGCGGCAGGUUACGCCUGCCUAGCGUAUGCCCUGGCCCGGGUCUACGGGGUUGAGAGUGACCUCUCGGAAGUGGCUCGCCGGGGCUCAGGCAGCGCCUGCCGGAGCCUGUACGGUGGCUUCGUGGAGUGGCAGAUGGGGGAGCGGGCCGAUGGGAAGGACAGCAUCGCCCGGCAGGUGGCCCCAGAGUCUCACUGGCCCGAACUCCGAGUCCUCAUACUUGUGGUGAGCGCAGAGAAGAAGCCAAUGGGCAGCACCGCAGGCAUGCAGACCAGCGUGGAGACCAGCCCGCUGCUCAGGUUCCGGGCUGAGUCGGUGGUGCCAGCGCGCAUGGCGGAGAUGACCCGCUGUGUCCAGGAGCGGGACUUCCAGGGUUUCGGCCAGCUGACCAUGAAGGACAGCAACCAGUUCCACGCCACCUGCCUGGACACCUUCCCGCCCAUCUCGUACCUCAGCGACACGUCCAGGCGCAUUGUCCACCUGGUGCACCGUUUCAACGCCCACCAUGGGCAGACCAAGGUGGCUUACACGUUCGACGCGGGGCCCAACGCCGUGGUCUUUACCCUGGACGACACUGUGCCUGAGUUUGUGGCUGCCGUGAGGCACUGCUUCCCCCCUGAGUCGAAUGGAGACAAGUUUCUGAAGGGGCUGCCUAUCAGGCCCGCCCCACUCUCAGAUGAGCUCAGAGCCGCACUGGACGUGGACCCCACCCCCGGCGGCGUCAAGUACAUCAUUGCUACCCAGGUGGGGCCUGGGCCUCAGACCCUGGAUGACCAGCACGCUCACCUCCUGGGCCCGGACGGCCUGCCGAAGCCAGCCGCUUGACGGCCUUCCCUGAGGGGAGCCGGCCGCUGCUGGGAGAAGGGCCGCUUCACUGGGACUGGGGAGCUGGGGGUGGUGGCUGGGGGUCGAUGCUUGUUGGGGCUUGAGGGCUAGACACCGGGCUCCAGGCCGGACCACAUGAGUGACCCUGUGCACCACCCAGGCUGUCGGGAAUGCCCCCCCAUCAAGUGCCUCACCUCACCCCAGCCCGCACCCGGUGCUUUGCUGAGAGGAGAACAGGUAUGACACUAGGGAUCCGAUGCUGGACGCUGAACUGGACGGUGUGGAGCUGCUGGGCACCCCUUCAGAGGGCCCCCUGGACACACUCUCCGAGGCCUCUCCCACUGCCCCAAACAGUGGCUCUGCUGGACAUGCUGGACAUGACGGGGAGCUGGCAUCCCUGCUGAGAGCCGGAGGACAGGUCACCACUGCAGACCUCAGGGAUCCCCCAUAAAGCUGGAAGCCUGAGACAGCCCCCCCGUGGUUCCUCCGCCAGACUCGGGCCAUGCCGUACAAAUGGAAUGCUUCUCUAUAGAAGGACCCCCAGUGUGUCUCCAGAGGGAGGUGGGAGGGCAGCACCAGGGUGGGUAUGUUACACGGGAGCCCUGUGGGCUGCUGGGAAUAAAGCCAGGGGUGCCGACUGGG